UUGCUUUAUGCGAUCUGUUUUUUAAUGUCGAGUUCUGUCGUCAAUAAUCCGAAUUCUAUGGGUCAAUAACUAACGAGUAUUGUGUCUGUGAAUAUUCAGAAUUUCAAGAAAUCUUAAUUCGAGUAUUUGAUGCAAGUUGCAUUUAAGUAUUGUACGUGUUUCGUAUAUAAUGCUGAUCACGGUACGCGUGAUACGUACGGAUAGAUGCGUAUAGAUAGGGCCGAUCUGUAGAAUGGAUGCUUAAUAAGCUACAUUCUGCGUUGCUUAUAGUCGCUUUUCACGAACUCUUUGAAACGCUUGCUUUUAAUUAUUACGUGCAGCGAUUGCCUUUGUACGUCAUCUGUAGAAUGUGGGAAAAUAGUUCAUAAUGGUAUUUUAUUAAAGUCAUGACAACAGUUUGUUAUACUAUAUUUCAUAUACAUAUUUGUGAUUAUUGUGGUUUUGGAAAGAUUAUUAAUUUGUUGAGCAACUCAUUGUGAAUAAGAAUUUUAUUCAAUCAUGGAAUCAUCUGAUAGAAAGAAUGUUUAUCUCACAAAAGCUGGUGAUAAUUCUUUGAAUUCUGGAAUGAGAGAUACAAUGAUCGUUGGUCAAACAAACAUGACACCAGAAUGUGGUGAAUCUGUAAUGAAACCUGGGAAUGUAUCCAGUGUUUCAAAUAAUCAAGCAAAAUGGUCAAAUACUCAGAGUAAAAAUUUUAUCAUUAAUGCAGUACCAGUGAAAAAUGAAAUUGUACACCUUGAAGAUGGAGCACAUUGCAAUAAAAAAAUGUAUUAUUAUGAUAGACAUUACACAGGUCAUGAAGAAACAGAAAGACCAACUCGUAGAGGAACAAAAAGAUACAGAGAUAAAGAUGCACCCAAAAGAGCAUUGUCUGCCUUUUUCUAUUUUUGUCAAGAACUGCGCGGAAAAAUGAGAGAAUUACAUCCAGAAAUGGGAGUAGGUGAUAUUGCCAAAGAGCUGGGAAAAUUAUGGAUGAGUACAGAUCUUCAAACUAAAUCAAAAUAUAUGGCAAUAGCAGAAGAGGAUAGAGCCAGAUAUGAAAGAGAAAUUAUUGCAUAUAAUAAAAGAGUAAAAAACUAUGAUCCGGAAGAAGUUGGGCCUGUAUAAGUUUUUUCCUUAAUUGAUUGAGGAAGAAGGGACAGUGUACUUUGUCCUAAUUCAAGCACUCGCCAAUUAAAAAUGUAUAACAAUUUUACUAAUAGUUUAGUAUUGUCAAUCGUUGUAUAUAUUAAGUACACUGUUGACAUUAAUAUCUAAAGAUUUUUCUGUAUCAAAUUUGGUUAUAACUUUUGAAAAUAGUAUUUGCAACAAGCUGUCAUUUUACAUUAAUUUUAUAAUUGGAUGCUAUUUUUUGUGAAUAAGGUGUGCUAAUAUAUCUACAAACGAUACCUAAUACACAUUAAUAUCAAUAGUAAUAAUAAUGAAAACGAUGAUGCUGGUGAUAAUAAUAAUAAAAAUAUUAUUAUUAUUAUUAUUAAUGAUGAUAACGAUCAUCUAUAUUGCUAAUAAAUAUGUUAUACACAAUUGAAGCACAAUAACAAAAGUCAAGCAAGGUGAGCUUUGUACAGUGCACUUUUCUUGUCUAAUUACGCAUUAUUCAUGUUUAUAAUGAUAAAACUAGAUAUCAGGGACUAUUUAUAUCUAAAACCCUGUAUAGAAUACAUAUUCCAUGUAUUUUGUUCUUUUUCCAAUAAAGAUAAAAUCAUUUAAAAUAUUAUAA